CACCAACCCACGGCAGGGAAAGGAAGGCUGUGAUCUUACCCGUCCACCACAGGUGUGGCAUUCAUUAUUUUGGCUGCCUUCAGCUGAUAGUCAUCUGCCGAGCAGAUGGAGAGCCAAGCAAGCAUGAGUACGGAAGAAUCUGUGCUGUUUCCAGAGAUAAAGGAAGCUGACCUUCUGAAUCCACCUGUGGCUGCUGCUGAUAACAAUUCUGCCUUCAGGAAUGAUGGUUUUGAUUAGAAAAGCUCAGAGUGUUUUGGGAGGAUACCUCCCACCCCUGGGCUGAGCAGCGGAAAGGGAGGUUCUUUGGCUGCAGGAGAGCAGAGAGGCCUCCUGGCUGCUGCCAGCGCCAUGGCUCGGCUGGAUGUGACCGAAGUCUUUGCCAACAUACGCCUACCGGGACACCUCCACACCGAGAGCUCUCUCCACUUUGCCAGCAACUUUGAGUUCCAGGACACGGAUGUGCUCCUCGUCACUUACCCCAAAUCAGGCACCACGUGGAUGCAAGAAAUCUUGACCUUGAUCUACAGCAACGGCAACCUCCAGCCCAUCAAGUCUCUUCCCAACUGGGCCCGAGCUCCCUGGUUGGAGCACAGCUAUUUCCAAGAGCAACUUCAGCACAUCGGGUGUCCUCGCCUCCUCACCACCCACCUGCCCCAGCCAGUGCUGGCACCUGCCCUGAAGAAAGCUAAGCCCAGGGUGAUCUAUGUGAUCAGGAACCCAAAAGAUGUUGCUGUGUCCUACUACCAUUUCCAGAGAAUGGCCAAGUUCUUCCCUGACCCAGCCUCCUUUGAAGGCUUCCUUCAUGAUUUCAUGGCUGGCACCGUGCACUACGGAUCCUGGUUUGAGCACGUGAAAGGCUGGCUCAGCUGCCGAGAAGAGUUGGGCCUGUUUUGCAUCACCUACGAGGAGCUCCAUCAAGACCUGAAACACUGUGUGGAGCGGCUGAGCGCCUUCCUGGACCACCCCGUUCAGCCAGACCAGGCUGAGUAUAUACUGGAGCACUGCAGCUUUGCUGUCAUGAAAGAGAACAUCAUGGUGAAUUACAAACUUGUUCCUCCUGAGAUUAUGGAUUUUCAGAAAAGCCAGUUCAUGAGGAAAGGUAUUGUUGGUGACUGGAGGAACCACUUCUCCCCCAAACAGAGCGCUCUGUUCAAUGAGAAAUACCAGCAGGAAAUGGGGGGCCACCCCUGGCCCCUCCAGUGGGACAUGGACUGAGAGCAGCUGCUCCAAGACCUCAGUUGACCUUUGCAAGGGGCCGUCCAGGACCAGCUUGCCUCAGGAUGGCAGCUCCAGCAUCGGAGUUUCUCCCACUGGGAAGAGGAACUGGGAAGUAGCCCAGCAAGGUGUCACACCAGUCUGGGGCUGCGAGAGAGAAUUCUUACACAGUCAGAAAAAGCAGCCUGAAAGCAAAUUGGAUGACUAUAAAACAGAUGGAGACAAGCCAGUCCCUCAAACGAGGGGACCAAAUAGUUUUUUUUCAAGAAGGGUGGAAGGAAGGCCCCAUGUAAGAUGGUUUCUGUGUUUAGAAUGAAGGGCUUGCUUGAGUCACACCAGUUGCUGGAAAUCUUCUUGCUUUCUUCAAUAAAUCUGACUUAUUAGCAGUGUCCCUAGUGGUUCCCCCCUGCUUGUGCAGAGGAGGUGGAGAGAGCAGCCCAGAGACCAGUAGAGGCCUCCUCUCCUCUCCUCUUCCUGGCAAGCAAAGGGGGCUCAGGAGGAUUUUUGGUGGGGUAUGAAAUGGGUUUUCAGUGAGCUGGAGAGCGCACAGCUGCACAGGCUUCCUUUGGCAGCUGCCUUUCCAGAUGUGCUUCCCCCCUUUCCUCUUCUGCAAAUGAACUGGCUGAAGUGUAGAGUAAGAAGGGGCCAUUGUCCCCAGUAAACAGCAGGCCAUUGUCCAGUAUGAGAAGAGCAGGCAAGUCUGCAAUUCUAUAGCACAACCAACAUGGAGAUGCUAAGGAUGCUAACAGGAGACACACUCAAGUAGCUGUCUGGCCUUUCCUGGCCUAUGAACCUUCCUCCAGAUGUGCUGCAGUCGCGCUCUCUCCUGUCAUCCUGUCAGGGUGGUGGGAACUCCAGCUGAAUGUGCUUGGAGAGGAACAUCAGGCUGGGAGAGGACAUCCAUGUCCAUCAGCGCCACACACAGGGACUCCUGCACAUGGGCAAAAAGUAACCUCUCUGGUCCAGCACUUCAGAGAAGUCAGCUGGGUGGGAGCAGGAAGCUGCAUCCUCUUUCAUUGUUAAGAUUUUCUGCUGAAAUCCUGCGGUGGGAAGUAUUUCCCUCCCCUUCUGUCCAUUGGGAUGUUGUCCUGACAGAGGAGCAAGAUGCUCAGUGGAAACUUCCUCCAGGUAACCCAAGUUAUGGGUUAAUAACUCCCCCUCUGCCCCCUCACCGCGCUUUCCUUCAUCCUAGGAACACACUGCAGUGGGAAAACAUAUUAAAUCCAAAACACCUUUAUUUUUAUUUAAUACAUCUAAAUGUCAUCUUUAAUAUGUUUUAUCCAAGAAACUACAGUAAACAAUUCAAUAAAAGCAAGACGAAAAGGAUGUUCACAGAA